UUGGGGAGGCCUCAGGCCGGGGCUGCCUCCUGCCUACCACGGAUUCCAAGGUGGUUCCCAGAUGGCUGCCAAGUCUUGCUCCCGGGCUCCGGGCGAGAUGCCUCUGACCUUCCAGGAUGUGGCUGUGUACUUCUCCAGGGCAGAAGGGCAGCAGCUUGGCCCCCAGGAGCGGGCGCUGUACCGGGAUGUGAUGUUGGAGAACUAUGGGAACGUGGCCUCGCUGGGUUUCCCAGUCCCUAAGCCAGAGCUGAUCUCCCAGCUGGAGCAAGAGGAGGAGCUGUGGGUCCUCGAUCUUCUGGGGGCCGAAGAGCCAGAAGUCUUGAGAAGUUGCCAGACAGAUUCUGAGAUUGAGACCAAGAAGGAGCUAUCCAUUUUAAACAAGAAAUGUUCAGAAGAAGUAAAAACCCCAGAAUUAAUAUCACAAAAAUUCCUAAGGGCUAAUUCACAGACAUCUGAGUCCCAGGAAGCUUGGGACCAUGGAGGUCAGGGAGAAGGGAGCCACGGGAGCCCUGAUACUCACAGUUCAAAGAGAGUUGCUCCGAAGGACUCUACAGUCUGCAGGGAACAACGUCAAGAGAACACCCAGACGUCUGCAUUUGACAGACAAGGUGUUGUUACAAUUCAAAGAAAUAAAAUGGGGCAGAGAACCUUUAAGUGUGACAUAUGCAAUAAAACAUUUAAGUAUAACUCAGACCUAAGUCGGCAUCGCAGGAGUCACACUGGGGAAAAGCCUUAUGAAUGUGGUCCAUGUGGGCGGGCUUUUACUCACAGCUCAAAUCUUAUUCUUCACCAGCGAAUUCACACUGGGAAUAAACCGUUUAAGUGUGAUGAAUGUGGGAAAACUUUUGGGCUCAGUUCCUAUCUCCGUCUGCAUCAGAGAAUUCACACUGGAGAAAAGCCUUUUGGGUGUAACGAAUGUGGGAAGGCCUUCAGUAGAAGUUCAAGCCUCAUUCAACACCGCAUAAUACACACAGGAGAGAAACCCUACAAGUGUAACGAAUGUGGGAAGGCCUUCAGUCAGAGCCCUCAGUUAACUCAGCACCAGAGGAUUCACACGGGAGAGAAGCCGCACGGGUGCAGUUGGUGUGGGAAGGCCUUCAGUCGGAAUGCAAGCCUUAUUCAGCACCAGAGGAUUCACACGGGAGAGAAGCCCCACAAAUGCAGUCAGUGUGGGAAAGCCUUCAGUCAGAGCUCCAGCCUUUUUCUUCACCACAGGGUCCACACCGGGGAGAAGCCCUAUGUGUGCGGUGAAUGUGGAAGGGCCUUCGGCUUCAAUUCUCACCUCACUGAGCACGUGAGGAUUCACACUGGGGAGAAGCCCUAUGUUUGUAACGAGUGCGGCAAAGCCUUCAGCCGUAGUUCCACGCUGAUGCAGCACCGCAGAGUGCAUACGGGGGAGAAGCCGUAUCAGUGCGCCGAGUGUGGGAAGGCCUUCAUCCAGAGCUCCCAGCUCACCCUGCACCAGCGAGUACACACCGGAGAGAGGCCUUAUGAAUGUGGCCUCUGUGGGAAGGCCUUCAGCCGGAGAUCAGCCCUCACCCAGCACCAACGGAUUCACGUGGGCGAGAACGCACAGGAAUUUGAGUGUGGCUCGGAUUUUGUUUAUGACUCCAGCCGUCUGCCCACUGGAGAGAGGCAUGGCAGGACCUUCAGCCACAGUGCUAAACUUGUUCUGCAGUGGACAAUACGAAGCGAUGAAAAGUCCCGGGAUUGUAAUGAAUGUGGGAAAACUCUUAGCACUUCCUCCCAACCCAUGGAAUAUCAGAAAAUCCAAGCGGGGGAGAAACCCUAUAAAUGCCAGGGAUGUGGAGGUAAAGCUGGCGGUGGAGUGUCACCCCUUACUCAACAUCACGUGACUCGUGUUGGAGAGAAACCACAGUUGAAUGAUGGAUCUGAAAGAUACUUAAUUCAUAUCAAAAAGAUUUUUCCAGACAGACAUUUUUAAUGUGAUAAAUGUAGAAAACAAUUUAGAAACUUUGUUUUAUAUUAGGUAGGAUGGCAUAAUGAAAGUGAAAUAAACUAACAGACUUGCAUGUUA